AUGUUCCGUUCUCAAGCUAUUCGCGUUGCAAAGCCUUCGUUUACUCGUGCUCCUGCCCUGACAAAGGCGAAGCAAAUCCGAACAUAUACUACUGAAGUACCAAAAUCCAAAUCCAACAAUGGACUGCUAAUCGCUACUGUUGUCGCUGCUGUCGGAGCCGGCGGGUACUGGUACUACUCCAACAAUCCCGACGAAGCAGCUAGGUUGGAGGCAAAAGCAAAGAAAGACGAGGAGGUAGCCGUUCAGAAGGCUCGGGAAGCUGGUGCUGCAGGUAAAGCACGCGUUGAUGAUGCAUAUAAGCUGGGUCAGCUGAAAAUCGGCGAAGCGAAAGCCUCUGCAGACAAAACCGUUGGUCAGGCGGAGACAAGAGCGAAGCAGGCAGCCAAUGAUGCUCAAGCGAAAUUCGAUGAAUACAAAUCAAGUGCUUCGAGGAGCCUGUCGAACGCCAAAGACUCAACAGAGAAUUUGUAUAAUGAAGCUAGGGCGUCUGUGGAUCAGAAGUAUGGCGAUGCAAAGGGUAGUGUCGAAGAGAAGAAGGAACAAGCUAAAGCUGGAUGGUUUAGUUGGCUUGGAUGGGGGAAAAGCACUGCAGAGGAUAUUAAGAAGGCAGGUGCCGAGAAAGUCUCAGAUGCAGCAGGAGAUGUACAGGCGAAGGCAAGCAAGCGUACAUGA